UUCAUAUUUUUAACAGACUGUAGAUCACAUGAGCGAACAAAAUGGCGGCUACUUUCCAUUUCUCAAAGGAGACACCUCCUGAUUCUAUGUUUAGUGAUUUCCAGUCACUGAACAAAUUCCAGAAUGAGUUAUUUGGCCACCUUGUUGACUAUGCCUUUCAGUUUCUUCUGGAGCCAAGCAAGUCGUCACGGCUCAUGUCCCAGCUGGAAGAUUUUGCUCAAGAAAAUGGCGUCGGGGUCGGAGCUUUGAGAAAUGUCUUCAAAAGUUUAGUUUCUCUGCCAAAUGUGGCACUCAAGAAAAGUUUAAGUCCAUCUCAAGUGCAAGAGGAUCUGAGAAAUUUGGGUCUGUCAGAGGAGAAGGCGCAGAUGGUGUCGGGUCACUUCGAGGCCAACUUGGGCUCCCUGUCGCGUGGAGCCUUGGGCCAGACUCUCAUGGUCAACCAGCUAGUGGACAUUGAAUGGAAGUUUGGAGUCACGGCAUCCAGCAGUGAGUUGGACAAGGUUGGGAACACAUUCCUACAGUUGAAGCUUGUCAUCAAUACUGGCAAUGGAAUGAAGAAUGUGUUCUUGGAACUUACUCUCCCUCAGUUCUACUCCUUCCUUCAUGAAAUGGAAAAAGCGAAGGCAAGCCUGGAGUACUUGGGUUAAUACAUCAUUACAGUCGUGGGAAAAGUGAGCCCUGCAAGAAUUUUUGCUAUCUUGCCCUAAGCCCAUUUGACAUCUGCGUGCCGGUAAAGAUUUCGGACCUUUUCUGAGGGCCGCCUGUCAAGAUUUAGAGUAUGGUUAAGGCAAGACCUGUAUAAGGGACAACAAUCAAGUGUGUUGGACACUUACCUUAUUGAAAACCCUGUGGUUAGUAGUAAUAGAUAAAGUAAGGUAUUGUCAUAUUGUCGUCACAAGAAAUAGACUUUAACUACCUUAAGCUUUAAAAAAGCUUGCCUUUGGGACAGUUUUUAAGUAAUUUACGGAAUUCCCACCUAUUCAUGUGGAAUUUAUGAAAUGAAUGCAGCAGCGGGAUCACUUUCUCAAUAAGACGGAGAUGACAUUGCUUCCAGAAAGUGAGAAACAGACGGCUACAUUGCUUUGAUUCCUGUGACUUUUAUCAGUUUACGCAGUCAGAUUAUUCAUGUCAACUCUAUUUUUAGGAGUCUAUAAAUCUGAAGGGUUUGUGUAAUCGGUGAAAACGCUGAAUGGCGAUGCUCGGAGAACAAUGUGUGAGAGAGGGACUGGGUGUGUAUGAUGAGUGUGCUUACUUAACAAGUUACUGAUAAUGACAGUGCUUUGUGUGUGUGUGUGUGUGUGCUGACAUAACUUGUUGUAUCUGAUAGAGAUAGGGUUGUGUCUGAGUGUUUGUGUGUAUGUUGUAUAAGUGUGUGUGAAAGCUUCGUUCCCUUCAUAAGCUGCCUCUAUUGUGCUCUUUAUGAAUGUGUAUAGCUGAUACCUUCAAGAUGUAAGUAACUGUGAUGGAGUGUGAGUGUGAGAUUUCUUCGUUUGUAUGUUUAAUUUAUUUUCAUGUAUCUGAUUGUUUUGUGAUGAAUUCACUGUGAAAGGGGAGACUGUGAUGUUGAGAUUGAUGGCAUUCUACACAUGUAUUUCUGUGCAAAAUCACUUCAUUUGUCAUAUCUUGUUUAGUGGUUAUUUCAGUGCUGAAAAUGGAGACAAAUGAUAUGUUGUUUUAGUUGAACAAACACGUUUGAGAAAUUUGUUUGGCUUCUUAUGCGAAUAAAUUUGGGCGGACAGGGUUAAGCCUUUUUUUCAUCCAAGCUCUCCAUAAUA